AUGGGAGAAGAAAACCAAACCUAUGUGACUGAAUUUGUCUUCCUGAGCCUUUCACAGGAUCCACAGACACAAGUCCUGCUCUUCUUCCUUUUCCUGAUCAUCUACCUGCUGACUGUGCUGGGAAAUCUGCUUAUCAUUGUGCUUAUUCCCACAGACUCCAGACUCCACACACCCAUAUAUUUUUUCCUUAUAAAUCUGUCCUUUGCUGAUCUCUCUUUUUCUACUACCACUGUCCCGCAGGUGUUAAUCCACUUCCUGGUAAAACAGGAAACAAUUUCCUUUGCUGGAUGCUCAACACAGAUAGUUGUUUUACUUCUGGUUGGCUGUACAGAGUGUGCCCUGCUGGCGGUGAUGUCCUAUGACCGCUGUGUGGCCGUCUGCAAGCCCCUGCACUACUCCACCAUCAUGACACACUGGGUGUGUGUCCAGCUGGCCAUAGGGUCCUGGACCAGUGGAGCGUUUGUGUCUCUGGUGGACACCACAUUCACACUGCAUCUGCCCUACCGAGGGAAGAAUAUCAUUAACCAUGUUUUUUGUGAACCUCCUGCCCUUCUGAAGCUGGCUUCAGCUGAUACCUACAGCACAGAGAUGGCCAUCUUUGCAAUGGGCGUGGACAUCCUCCUGGCUCCUGGCUCCCUGAUCCUUGUCUCCUACUGGCAUAUCAUCUCCACUGUGAUCCAGAUGCAGUCUGGGGAAGGGAGGCUCAAGGUUUUCUCUACCUGUGGCUCCCAUCUCAUGGUUAUUGUUCUCUUCUAUGGGUCAGCAAUAUUUGCCUACAUGCGGCCAAACUCCAGGAUAAUGAAUGAAAGAGAUAAAAUGAUCUCUGUGUUCUACUCAGCCGUGACACCCAUGCUGAACCCCAUCAUUUACAGCCUAAGAAACAAGGAUGUCAAAGGGGCUCUCAGGAGAAUGACUGCAAAAUACCCCUUUUAA